AUGGGCGCUUUCUUCUUGGCUGGCCUCCAUCAACCACUUAAUCUUCCUUUCAUCGUCCAUUCAACUUACAUGGCCGGAUCAUUUCAGUUGGCACUGCUCCACUACCACUCCAACAGGCGAUACCCAGGUUCUCCCAGAUGCUAUCCCAAGUAAUCACGUGGUAUUACUAUGGAUGUUGGACAAUCCAAAUUUGAAACCAAUACUAAAAUAGUCACUCUCUUGGAUGCUCCUGGACACAAAGAUUUUAUUCCAAAUAUGAUUACUGGAGCUGCCCAAGCUGAUGUUGCUCUUUUAGUUGUUGAUUCAACAAGAGGAGAGUUUGAAACUGGCUUUGAGAGUGGGGGACAGACAAGAGAACACGCUCUCUUAGUUAGAUCAUUAGGAGUUAAUCAGAUCUGUGUCGUUGUUAACAAACUGGAUACAGUUUCAUGGAGUGAAGAAAGAUUUUUAGAAAUCCAAAAUAAAUUAGGUUCUUUUUUGAAACAAGCAGGAUUCAAAGAGCGUGAUAUUAGUUUUGUUCCAUGCAGUGGUUUGAGUGGUGAAAAUUUGACCCAAAAAAGCAAACUACCAGAACUUAACAAAUGGUAUAAUGGUCCAUCAUUAUUGGAAGUAAUAGACAAAUUUAAUUGCCCCGAACGUCCUGUUAGUAAACCUUUGAGACUAUUAGUGAACGACAUUUAUAAAGGUACUGGAUCUGGAUUUUGUGUUAGUGGACGUAUUGAAACAGGAUUGCUGCAAAUUGGUGACAAAGUACUUGUACAGCCUCAGAAUGAAUCUGCUCUUAUCAAAGCUAUAACCAUUGAUGAUCUAUCUACCCAAACAGCAUAUGCAGGAGACUUUGUCAGUGCUACAUUAUCAAAUUAUGAUCAAGAUAACAUUUCGAUAGGUUCUGUAUUAUGUGAUACUACUUCUCCUGUACCUUCAUCUUCCAAAUUCGAAGCAAGAGUUGUUAUAUUUAACACAAUCAUUCCAAUAACUAAAGGAUACUCGGUUGUUCUUCACUUACACUGCAUCACUGAGCAGGCUAUUAUUACCAAGUUGAUCUCGCAAGUUAAUAAAAAUACUGGAGAAGUAAUAAAGAAAAAACCUAGGUGUCUACUAAAAAACAAUAGUGCAGUAGUUGUCAUUGAAACCUCCAAGCCUAUUUGUAUUGAACUUUACCGGGAGAUGAAAGAAUUAGGAAGAUUUAUGCUAAGAGUAGGCGGUGUUACAAUAGCUGCUGGCCUUAUUACAAAAGUAUUUAUUAAACAUAUUAAUACUAUAAAGUUAAGUUAUAAUAAAUAGCAUUUGAAAAAUACAAUCUAAGUAAAAAAAUUAGCAUCAGUCUAAUUCUAAUUCCUGUAUAUUUAAGAAAUCUCCUUUUUUCCUAUAUAUUUAAGGGAAUUGGAUCUGGUGAUUCCUAAUGGUUUUUCGUAAUAUUGUGAGUUUCCUCUUGUUUAUUUCUUAAUAAUAUUUUCACUUUAUUUUAGCUGUUGUCCAUUUUCUUAUUCAGUUAUAUUUCUUUUCAUUUGUAUUCUUUUUUUUUAAAUUUCUUGAUAUCCAUUUCCAAACCAUUAUGGAAGUUUUGUAGAAAGUGAUAAAGAACCCUGUCCAUUCAUAAUCGUCCACCGGGAAAAUCAGAUAUGUGUGGUUUAGCGCAGGUAAGGCGAAGUGUCGAAAGGAUGAUGGCCAGCAGGUCGUCGUCAUUAAUUCACCAUCAGAUUUGGACAUAUUUGCUUGACAUGUACACACAUGUUUCAUUAUUUUGUACAAUUUUGUCUUUGAUUUUUCUUAUUUACAGGUUUAUGUUUUUGUUGCUUUUAUUUUAUUUUUUUACCUAGGUAACAAUUUUAUUUUUGCUUAUGAGAACAUUGUAGAUUUUACUGCUUAGAAACUUUAAUUUAUGUACUUUUAUUCUUUCUCACAGUAGGAACAUACCUUUCGUUAACUAAAUUUUAUAUUUUCUGUUUUCUCUCAUUAUUAAUAUCUGGAAAAUGUUAUAAAUUUAUUGUUCUUCUCAAUAGAGAUAUUAUCAUUAAUUAUGGACUCUGGGCUUACAUUAGCUCUGGCUAUUGUAUAAAUAUUCCUAUCCUUGUUCCUCCUAUCCGUUUACCAAGCCACCUCUCCUUCAUCCAUGAGUAAUAUCCUUUUAAUCUGCCAUGUCAACACUCAGUCACUCUUAGCCCAUUUUGAUGAAUUUUAUGUCUUUUUCCUCUAUAACUUUUACCAUUUAAUUGCCGUAUCCAAAACCUGAUUGAAACCCACAAUCCCGUCUUCCCAGAUCCUUCUACCAAACUACACUCUCCUUCGUGACAGAAUACACCAUACUAGUGGUGGAGUAGGCCUCUUUGUCCAUGACAGCCUUAAAUCCAAAAUCCUUCAUUGCUCUUCCUUAACCGAUUCACCGCACAUUGAAUACCUCUUUGCCGAAAUCCUCACAACUUCAUAGUCCAUUCUGUUUGCUGUCAUAUUCGCCCUCCUAGAAUUCCUUUUGAUGAACUAUUUGAGACUUCUCUGUACAAUUUAAUCCCUUCCUACUCAAAUGUCAUCCUCUCCGGAGACUUUAAUACCAAUUUACUAAUGCCAUACUCCGAUUAUUCCUACCUAACAAACCUCCUACAUUCUUUCAGCCUAUACGUAGUACUCUACAACCCUACCCACCAUACUCAGUUCUCAGAGUCCUGCCUCGAUCUAUUUAUUCUAGAUUCCACAGACAAACUCCUUGCCGCAUCUCAGCACCCGGUCCCGUUUCUAUCUUCCCACGACCUUAUCCAGAUCUCUUAUAUUAUCCCUGUCCCAUCCUUUUCUCUUCGAACUAUAUCCUUCCGAAACCUAAAUUUCCUCACUCACGAAACACUGUCAAAAGAUCUUGACAAUAUCCAAUGGGAUCCCAUUUACGUCUCAAAAUCCAUCGACACCAUGUUAGAAACCCUUAUCUCUUAUCUUCACUUUAUCCUCGACCAACAUGCUCCUCUUAUCACAAAAACCAUCCGACAUCCUCCCACUCCUUGGCUUACUCCUGCUUUAAGAGAGUGUAUGAGCGAAAGAGAUACUGCAAGAUGACGGUUUAAGCGAAUUCGACUUAUGAAGAUUUUCUCUCCUUCAAACAGCUUCAAAACAGCACUCAAUCACCAGUAUGCUGUGCUAAAUCCCAUUACUACUAUCACUCCUUAUCUAAAUCCCGUAAUACCAAGGCCACGUGGUCUAUUUUCAGAAAAUUGACCAUUGGUAAUACACAUCAGUCCCAGUCCAUUUCCGUUUCUGCCGAUAACCUCGAUGCUCACUUUGUCUCCUGCCCUUUCAUAACCACAACUCCUGCUUCCGAUCCGGCUCCCACUCUUUCCUCUUUUAAUCCUGAUCACUUCUUUUUUUCCCAUAUUACCCCUGAUGAUCUCCUAAAGUCCAUUCAGAAAUCCCAUACUAAUGAUUAUGGUCCCGAUAACAUUCCAGUCAGACUGAUCAAAGCCGCACUACCAUGCAUUCUUCUGAUUCUUUAUCAUAUCUAUAAUUAUUCUCUUCAAAAUGCCACCUUCCCUACAUCCUGGAAAACCGCCCUAGUACGCCCCUUGUAGAAGAUCUCUAACCCAUCUACUCUUAAUGAUUUCCGUCCAAUUUCUCUUCUUUCAAACCUCUCCAAACCUUUAGAACAACUAGCCCUAUCCCAUUUUUUAGAGCACAAUAAUCUCCUAAACCCCUAUUAGUCCGGCUUCAGGCCUGGCUACUCUACUCAGUCUACCCUAAUCAAAAUUUCCCAAUCAAAUAAAUCAAAAUCAAAAUAGAAACUAACCAUCCUUAUUCUCCUUGACUUCUCUAAAGUUUUUGAUUCAGUAGACAACAACAUCCUCCUAACCAAACUUAAAAAUAUAACCUUUUCUUCUAAUGCCCUUAAUUGAUUCUAAUCCUUCCUAACUGGUCGCUUCCAGUAUAUUGUGAUCCCUA